AUGUCACCCCGCUGGAUGUUGCUUGACACUGGUUCUUUCUGGAACUUUGGCUUUUUGUCGUUCACCACUAUGGUUCCCAAGAGAGCUCCGUGGACCAGGCCCGAGGAAAUGAACGCGUGUUUGCCGCAUCCACGCUUGAGAGCCUCAUGGGCCAAUGUCCAGCAUUCGCCAUCGCCAACCUUCUUGCCCUUCUGUGCCUCAGACCAGCCAGCAACGUGUUCUCCGUAUACGGCAGCACCUUCGUCCAGAAGCGCCUUUGACGCCUGUGGCGGAGGCACGAACUUGGUCUCGUGGUCGGCCGAUUGUGCGGGGUCGCCAGCCUUGUCCCAGGUGAACUUAAUUUUGGUUGUGGAGAGGUCUCUGUUGCGGAACACCAGGACCCUGAAAUUUUCCUUGGAGUUCACGGGCGGGUGCCAGUUGGAUUUGGCAGCAGAUCUGGGUGGAGGAACCGAUGGUUUGCUUCGGGAUCUUGGAGCAGGGGAAGCAGGCGAGGCUGUUCCCGAGUUGAACGCCGACGAUCUAGAUUUUGGAGGAGUUGGUGGAGCAGAGUGGUUGGGUCUCUGCUGCUGCAGUUUCAAAGUCUCCAAGUUCGAGGUGAGCGUGUUGGUGAAGGACUCGGGAACAGGUUUUGGUUUGAGAGCAGGUUUUGGCUUCACCACUGGCGGGGUUCCUUUCCGCUCGGGACGCGGUGGGGGAGUGGCAGACUUUUGCGAGUCAGAUCUCUCCAGAACGCGGGGCUUUGGUGGGGCCCGCGUCUUGAGUUCCUGCACAACCGAGUGCUGGGGAGAAAUGCCUGGUCUUUUUGGCAGCGGAGGAGCGUCCUCUUCCACCGAGGAAACGGAGUUCCCACGUGACGGACGCGAAGGCAGUGGGGGAGCGUCCUCAUCGUCCGACGACAACGGCGUCUUGCUCGACACCGUGGAAGAACGCUGUCCUUCUGGCAGAGAAGGGGUGGUGGAAGGUGUACGUUCCAGUUUGAUGGAGGCCUGUGAUUUAUUUCUGUUGAUAUGGACGGGAGGCGGAGGGAACUUGGACGCGACAGCAGAAAACGAGGUCCGCACAGGUUCCGUCGGUUUAGGUGCUGGUUUGUGCUCCGUUUUGGGCGAAAGCUGUGGUUCCGUCUUUUUCAGGCUGUUUCUCCAAGACGCCACGACAUUCUCUUCGUCUGCUGGCUCUGGCGCCGUGACAACGGUCAGAUCCGGCUUUUUGGCCUUAAUUGGCGGAGGGAUCUUUGGUUUGGGCUUCAACGCUGGUUUCUCGGACGACAUGGCAGUGAUCAGACGGGUACGGCCACACAGUUAUUUUCCGAAUAUCACUAUGAGUGUGGAAGAGCUUGCUGCAAAAAUAGUCAAGGAGCAGCUGGCAGUCCCACUGGGCCACGAAAAUAAAGAGUUCCAGGUUCUCAGCACUGUUAGAUACGAUCCUCUGUUGUACUCCGGGAAGCUGCCGUUAGGUGAGGCUCUGACUCAUACUCCUCUGGACAAGUCGCUAUUCUUUCUGUUUAAAUACCAUGUUGAGAGACUGAACCGGUCGAUUGACUACUUCAAGAUCCCCAGCCCAAAGGUUACCGAGGCGGGUCUGUUAUCAAGACUCUCCGAAGCUCUCCAGGACAAGCCAAAGAAUCAAACUUACAAGCUGAGAGUGUUGAUUGACAAAACCGGAAACACAGAGGUCCAGGCGAUCCCAAUCUCCGUCCCGUUGAACUUGUCAUUGGAUGCUCCAGUGACUUGGACGGUGUACAUGGACUCCGAGCCAACGAUGAUUUCGCCGUUCACCUCGUUCAAGUCCACCAACCGUCCGCAUUACGACGCUGCCAGGAAAAGAAAGAUCCCUGAAGGGUCGCAAAAUGUCGAAGUUGUGCUGUUCAACCACGCGGACCAAAUCACAGAGACCUCUAUCUGCAACAUUGCUUUUCUUCAGCCAGCGAAAAAUCCACUCACCAAUGAAGUCACCACCAAGUGGACCACGCCGGUUCUUUCGUCCGGCUGCCUGCGUGGAGUCACCCGCGCGUACUUGCUCGAAACCGAGCAAAUUGUGGAAGGCCACAUCCCCAAGUCGAGCGUGAAGAACGGCGACCAGCCAAAGAUAUAUAGCGCAUCUGCCAGCGAGUCCGUGUUGAGCCUACAGUCUGCCUCCAGCUGGACCUUGGGCUUGGCAUUCCACGCCAACCCUAGACCAGCAGCACCCAUCAUCAACAGAUCGUUCGCCCCGUCACCAACAGCAACCGAAUUGGCCAGACUCACCCCGUGCUUGGCUGCCAGCUCCAGCAGCACAGCCUUCUUCUUGUUACCAUCGACAAUUUCUCCGGCUGGUUCUCCGCUGAGCACCUCUGUUCCGUCCACAACCUGGGUCUUGAGUUGGUUGGCGAACGCUAGUCCUCCUCUACAAGACAACACCGACCUGUUGUCGGCAAUGAUUGCUGGUUCUGGGGCUGCUGUUGUGCAGACCGUGCUGACGUACCCAUUUGAGUAUCUCAAGACAACCACGCAGAUUACCAACAAGGCUCUCACCAGUAUCAAGUACGAUAUACCGACUCACAACUUGAGGUCGCUAUUUGUUGGUUGCGGCGGACUGGCUGGCGGCAAUGCCUUGAAGGCGUCCUCAAGGUUUCUCAUAUUCAAUCAGCUCUCGGAGACUAUGGGCACUUACGGCGGGAAAACAACAGCUCCGCAGGUGGUGGUUGCUGGACUAAUGACUGGGUUUCUCGAGACGUUGGUGGUUAUCCCGUUUGAGAACAUUAAAACCCGUAUGAUCGAGAACUCAAUGGAGACCCAUGGGUACAAGCUUCCGAUUCCGAACUACUAUCCCUCUGCCCAGGCCGACAAAACAGAAAAGCAUCGGCUCACCAAGCGGCCCGGAGAAAGCAAGCUAGUCAACCCAAGACAGAAAUACAUAGAAUAUUACCGGGCGAACCCAUCCACGACGUUCUUGAGGGCGGUCAAGGAGAUCUACGAGACAGCGGGACUUUCUGGGUUCAAACGCGGGUCGCUAAUCACAAUUUUCAGACAGGUGAUGAACAGCAUGGUUUGGUUUUCCACGUACAACUUUUUGCAGCAGUUCAUUGACCCAACAAGGGACUCGAUCACCGAUCUGGAGCUCAUGGGGAUGGGUGUGGCGUCUUCGUGUGCCGUGGUGGCCAUAACACAGCCGAUCGAUGUGGUCAAGACCCGGAUGCAGACCAAAAACUACAAGCCGAUCUACAGAGAUAUCAUGACUCUGAUAGUGAAGACUUUUAUGCAGGAAGGAGCCCGCAAACUCUGGAGCGGAUGGAUGCCGCGACUGGUGAAGGUGUCGUGCAGUUCGUCUGUGACGCUCAUGACCGGAGCCAAGCGCGGUGCCGUAAAGAAGUUCACCAACAAAGUCAACGGCACGGAUAUCGAGAUCUCCAGCUGGAAGUUCAACGAAUGGGACUAUUCCUCGAAUAAAGUGCAAUUACCCAUCUAUGCUCGAGGGCUUUUCACGACUGCAGACAGGAUCGUUUGCAGGGGCUACGACAAGUUCUAUAAUGUUGACGAGCUCGGCUGGGUGUCGAGAAAGGCAUUAAGAGAAACGAUUACUGGUCCGUGCACUUUAACUGUCAAAGCAAACGGAUGCAUAGUUUUCGUUUCUGGUUUGGCGGACGGAACAUUGGUUGUUUGUUCGAAACAUUCGACCGGUGCAAGAUCUGACUUGAGUCGCAACCACGCUUUGGCAGCUCAGGAAGCGCUGGAAAGACAGCUGCGUGCCGCUGGACACGAGCCAACAGAGCUGGCCAUGUUAUUGUACCGUUUGAAACUCACUGCUGUUGCCGAGUACUGCGACGACUCGUUUGAGGAGCACAUUCUCGAGUAUUCGAACGAGCGUGCCGGGCUCUACUUGCACGGACUAAACUUCAACACUUGCAAAUUCCGUACAUGCUCGAUGGAGCAGGUUGCACAGUUGGCUGAAAAGUUUGGCUUUAAAACUAUUGAGUCUAUUGAACUGUCUUCCAUUACAGAAACGUUUGAGUUCCUCGACAAGGUUGCCGAGACGGGGAUUUACAAUGGAGAGGAGAUCGAAGGAUUUGUUGUGCGUUGCAAACGGGACGGCGACGACUUCUUCUUCAAAUACAAGUUUGACGAGCCGUACUUGCUGUACCGACAGCUGCGCGAGGUGACCAAGCAAUAUUUGACCAAAGGACUGGAAAAUGUUAGUUUUCGCAACCACAAGCUCAUUUGCAUGGACUAUCUGCGGUUUGUGAUUCCGCUUUUCGAGGAGUCUCCAGAAUUGAAGGAAGACUAUCUCCGCGACCGGGGAAUCAUCAAACUGCGCAAAAUGUACAUCAACCACAAGCAAAAAACCGGUAAGCAGAUCAUAGAGGAGGAGGCCUCUUUGGAGAAACUAGAUGAAGAUUUGAAGGCAGCAGAGUACGGCGCGGAACCCUGCAAGUACGUUCUUGUCACCGUUGCCACGAUUGGCUGUGGAAAGACAACAACGUCUCUCACUUUGUCAAACAUGUAUCCAGACCUAAUCGGCGUGGUCCAGAGCGACGAUAUCCCGUCUCCAAUCAAAGACAAACAGGUGGCUAAGUGUUUGGAAGUGCUGGUGGAGAAACCAAUUGUUAUUCUGGACAGAAACAACCACAAGUUUAUUGAGAGACAACAGACGUUUGAGUACUUUGCUAACCUUAACAAGCUGAUUCCGUCGUCGAAACUUAAGUUUGUGUGUCUGAACUUCCUCGGCGGAAUCAACAAGUCCGACCCCAAGCUCUGGAAGAUCACGUCCAGUCGAGUCAUGGAGCGCGGAAACAACCACCAAAGCAUCAAGGUAGAGGAUAAUGGAACUUACAAAGUAGAGAUGAUUAUGAAAGGGUUUCUAGGCCGGUUCCAGCCCGUGGACGUUUCGCAGUCACCAGACUCUCAUUUCGACUACGUGAUUGACUUGAAGGUGAGCCAGGAGUCGUCGUUGGACAAUGCAGUGCAUAUAGCCAACAAACUGCGCGAAAUAGCCUCAGACUUGUCCAUCCCACCUCCUUCCCCCGAGAAGGCUCGUAUAGCCUUCGAACAGGCACGCGUGUACAAACCCACAGUGAAUAAGAUCGUCAGGACUAAGAAAGAGAAGCCGCAGUAUUUUGGUAUUGAGGUGUCGUCUCUCGACGGAUUGCCUGCUCUGGAACAUAUUCCAUUCUACCAGCAGCUGAAAGCUAACGGAAGAGUCCAGAAUGGUUUCCACGUGACCCUAAUCCACAUUGCAACCACCAAGAAGAACGAGCCGGUGAAAAAAAUCUACCAGAACUACUGCAACCUGAUCAAAAACGUCGACAAGACGUCGGAAAAGAUGUUACUAUCGUACAAAGCGGACAUAAAGUUGUUGAGAGUGUGCUGGAACUCGCAGGUCAUGUGCAUAGAGGUGGAGGUGACCGGCAUCAGUCUCAACGGCGAAAAUAUAAUAGACGAGCUGGGAGUCGGGAACAAACACCCCCACAUCACUGUGGGAACGAUCUCUGCAUCGGUCGGGGCCAAAGAGUCGAACAGCAUCCUAGAGGAGCUGUACGAAUUUGGCCCGGAAAAUAUUAAAGUGGAGGAGCUCGGCGUCGAGUUGCACGAUCUGCCUCUGUUUGUGCGAUAUUAG